AUGUCACGGCGAGCGCUGGUUCUCGACGGACUCUGCCCGCAAACACCCCGAGAACACAACUCAAACGAGAACUCCGAGCACAAUGAGGACUUGCCCAGCCAGAAAACCCGCCGCGAACACCCGCAACCACGGAAAAGCUGGCACCCUAGAUCCUACCAUAAGGUGCAGGAUGACCUUUUGAAAAAGCCAGACAGUGCGCUAGAAGCACUGUUGCAACAUAUGGCAGAUAAACAACCGAACCUUCGACACACAACACAAGUGCUACGGCUGCUCAUUCGAGAUCGUCAUAUUCGGCCAACAGCGCGCCACUACAAAGCGUUGAUUCUCGCCAACACAGAUUGCGAGCGAGGAUCGCCAGAUAUAGUGCGAGGACUUUUGAGAGAAAUGGAGGAAAACGGAAUCACCGCAGACUCGGGCACACUCCACGGCGCAUUGCAGGUUCUUGCUGUACACCCGGACUAUUUACUACGACAGGAAAUUCUCUGCAAGCUUCGAGACCGGUGGCUUACGUUGAGUCCGGCCGGGUGGCAUUUCGUGGUGGCCGGUCUGCUUCGUGAGAAUCAGAUCGAGCUUGCACUGGAACAAGCUGCGCUUAUGGGGCGGAAGGAUAUAUUUAUCGAGAACUGGCUUCAUGGCAUGAUAAUUUACACACUUUGCGAUCAUCAUGAGUUCCAUGAGGUGUUUGACCUGAUGUGCGCUCGAGUCGACCAGGGCCAUGACAUGAGCAAUCAUCUCUGGGCGCAUGUCUUGACCACAGCCAGUGAAGCUCUGCAUCAUCCUUGUGCUCACUUUGUGUGGCGGCGCAUGGUUGAAUUGGGCUAUAUGCAUCCACCGGCUGAAAUAUGCCAUAAUGUUCUCAAGGUGGCGUCCAAGCUUGGCGACACCGAACUUUCCAUGUCUGUGUUCCGCUACCUUUCAGAGAAUAACAUCAAACUUGGCCAGGGGCAGCAUGAGCAGUUUGUCGAGGCGCAUGUCUCAGCCGGUGAUCUCCCAGCUGCUUUUGAAGCACUCUGCAGCAUGCAUGAAUCUGGAACCCCGCUUGCAGAUUCCUCGACCGAGGCUAUUCUUGCAUACAUGAUUGAACAUAAGACCGAUCACCGGGAGGCCUGGCAGAUACUGAAGCGGCUGAAGAAUGAAAAACGAUCCAUUCCCCUCGGCGCUGUUCGUGUCAUCGCCCAGUUCUGCGAGCACAAUGCCCACGAAGACCCAUCGGUUGUCGAUGACGCCGUGGGCUUCUACAAAGAGCUCUACACAUUAUGCCCCGAAGGGGCAGACGUACGAAUCUACAACGUGCUAAUUCGAAUGUGCCGAAUAGCCAAGGACCGCCAAUCCGGUAUGUUCCUCGUGAAAGAAAUGGCAUCACUUGGGGUUGUACCGAACGCUUUAACCUUCGAGUCUAUCAUCCUCAUGUGCGUUGACGCCGGCAAUUUCCGCUCCGGCUUCAUGUACUUCCAAGACCUAAUCAAGCGGGACGCCAAGAUUAGUCCGGAAACACAAAAGGAAAUCCUCGAGAUUUGCAGUGGCUCUGUGGAUGAAUUUGCAAUGCGACUGCAGUAUCACCCUUUAAUUCGAGCGGAUGUGCAGAAGCUCGACGACGAAAUCAAGCAGCAGGAGGAGAAAUGGGAGGAAAUGCAGGCAUCAGGGGAACCGAUCCACCCAGCAGUCCGUCGCAUGAACAUGUCACACAAUGAACGGAUCGAGGUGAACAAGGAACGUCGCCGGAAAAAACGCCGGUUAAUGGCUAUUGCGCGAAAGGAAGGCCGGGCUGAGAGUGGUGAAAGCGACGAAAGUCCUGAAAAUGGGCUCGCUUGA